GGGGCGGGCUGAGGGGGGGGAGGGAGAGGCAGGGACUGUGCCUGUGAGUGACACACAAUGAGGCGAGGGGCCGCGGCGGGGCCGUGAGGGGCCGGGACCGAGCGGGGGGAAGCAGCGGGCCCAGCCAUGGACAAUCAGUGCACAGUGCAAGUGAAGCUGGAGCUGGGGCACCGAGCCCAACUCCGGAAAAAGCCCACCACCGAAGGGUUUACUCAUGACUGGAUGGUAUUUGUCCGUGGCCCAGAACAAUGCGACAUCCAGCACUUUGUGGAGAAGGUGGUCUUUCGGCUACAUGAGAGCUUCCCUAAACCCAAACGUGUGUGCAAGGAGCCUCCUUACAAAGUGGAGGAGUCCGGCUACGCUGGUUUCAUUAUGCCCAUUGAAGUACACUUCAAAAACAAGGAGGAACCGAAGAAAGUUUGCUUCACAUAUGACCUUUUCCUGAAUCUGGAGGGAAACCCACCUGUGAACCAUCUUCGCUGUGAGAAACUGACAUUCAACAACCCCACCAAGGACUUCAGACGCAAACUGAUUAAAGCUGGAGGGGUGAUGGUAAUGCCAGAAGGAGCAGAAACAGUGUCCAGGCCAAGUCCUGACUACCCUAUGUUACCCACAAUACCACUCUCUGCCUUCUCUGAUCCCAAGAAGACCAAACCAUCCCAUGGGUCAAAGGAUGCAAACAAGGACAGUAGUAAAGCAUCCAAACCACACAAAGUAACCAAGGAGCAUAGAGAGAGGCCAAGGAAAGACUCUGAGAGCAAAAACUCCUCCAAAGACCUCGAACGAGAACAAAGCAAGCCUUUGAAAGAUUCCUCCAGAAAACCAGCUGAGAACAAACUGCCUAAGGAUGAGAAAGCACCUCCUAAAGCUGCUUUCAAGGAACCAAAACUAGCCCUGAAGGAGACCAAACUGGAGAACACUUCUCCAAAGGGUGGACCACAGCCGGAGCCAAAAUCUUCCAGCAAGAGGCCCUCCAACGUGGAGUCACCAAAGCCAAGCGCCAAAAAGCAAAAAAAGAGCAGCUCCAAAGGGGUGAAGAACAUCCCAGGAACUUCUCCCCGAACUGCGUCUUCCUCAUAUCCAGAGAAGAAACAAACCAAGGAGAAGAUGAAUGCCAAAGUGGAGAAAGUAAAAUCUGAAAGCGAAGCCAAGGAGAUCAAAAAACCCGUGGAGAUGGAGGAGUCCAAUUCAGAGGAUGAAACUUCUUUUAAAUCAGAGGGGGUGAAGUCUGUCCACUCCAGUCCUUCCAACUCCAGUUCCAGCUCAGACUCCAGUUCUGACUCGGAUUUUGAACCAUCUCAGAACCACAGUCAAGGCCCACUGCGCUCCAUGGUAGAGGAUCUACAGUCGGAGGAAUCAGACGAUGAUGACUCCUCUUCUGAGGAAGAGGCAGCAGUCAAAGCUAACCCGGUCAGCCGGGAUUCCAGAUUGAGUCUUAGCGACAGUGACAGUGACAACAGUGCGGACUCCUGCCUGGCAAGUCGAGAACCCCCUCCCAGUCAGAAACUUCCCCCAACUAAUAAUAAGGCCUCUGGAAGAAAGAGUCCAGAACCUUGCAACAAGCCAGAAAAGAUCCUGAAGAAGGGAACAUAUGACAAGGAUUGCUUAAAUGAGCUCAGUUUUGCUGGUACAUGCAUGAAUAACUCUGGGACAGCUUUACAGGCCUACACUGAUGAAUUGGUGGAGCUUCACCGACGACUAAUGGCGCUGCGGGAGCGCAAUGUACUCCAGCAGAUUGUAAAUCUUAUUGAGGAAACUGGGCAUUUCAACGUUACCAACACAACCUUUGACUUUGACCUUUUCUCCUUGGAUGAAACGACCGUCCGUAAGCUGCAGAGUUAUUUGGAAGCAGUGGCAACAUGACGCUUAGCCUUGGAAGCGGGCUGCUUUUGAAACCAGAAAUCCCAUCUCUUGGUACCAGGAAAUAAACCCUUGGAACUAGGCCUUUUUACUCUCUCAAUUCACCCGAAGCACUGCCUUAGAGAACAGCCAUGCUCUGUGAAUGCACCCACCGCCUGCUGCACUUUGUCCAAACAAGCACCCGUAGUGCUGAGUCUGUCCUCCCUCGCUUCGUACGUACACUCGGGCACAGGUACUGAGCAGAGCAAAAGAUGUGCUGCUCCCAACUACACAAGAGCGUGACCUUGGUUUGGUUUUACUUCAAGAAACUGUGUCUUUCAGAAUACAUUUUCAGGUGUCUCUGAGAGCUGAAGGAAUUUGGACAAUGCUUUCUUCGCUGGAUCCAGGGACCAACUUGCCCGCAGAGAGACUCAACUGAGUCAGAUUUCUCCCAGCUCGGGGAAGAAUUGUUCGCGCUGUGUAAGCAAGAUUGGCUUUUACAAAGCUAGCCAUGUGACUUGCAACAGAGAUUGCUUCCCAAGGGGCCCUGUUGGUCUGUUGCAGAGGAAGUGGAUAGUUGUUGCUUUUGAUCAUUUGCAAGUUCUAGAGCGGUUUGGUACAACAGCUUAUUGUAUGUAAUCUGGUCCCUGAUCCCUGGAAGGCAUUGUUUCAUAUGCAGAGUGCAGGGCCUUAUUCUGUGUUUCAGCUUCUCAGAGAGACAGAGUUUGUGCUCUUUGAAGAGGCUUCCAGAAUCUGCUGUCUCCCACGGGGGUUUUGAGACUUCUUGUUGAUCCAAGCCCCUAAACAAAGUCUCACUCCUUUCAGUCUGCUUUAACUGUAAUAGGACUACAAAACUGUAAGCUGUAUAUUUUAUAUAUAUAUAUAUAUAUAUAUAUUAUAUAUAUGUAUGUACUGUAUGUAUAAGAAGGGCCUAGUUGGGUCUUAAGAUUUUAAAGGUGUGUUUUUUCUGUUAUGUUUUUUUUAAUGGUAAUGGCAGGGGAGGGGGGUGGUUAAUAAGAUUUGACUUGUUUGUUUGUUAAAAGGCCUCUUGUGAACAAUUUUUAGUGUAUGAAAGCUGAACAGCGAUCUUCAAAGCAUUUUGUGCUCUGGAAGGGACUCACCUGUCUCACUUUCAUUCUUCAGUGUUUGAAUAACUUUGCCAAAAUAUGUCAUUGGUUCUUGUUCUAUGUUCUCAAGGAUGAAUUUUUCCUAUAGUGGCCCCUAUAGUAGUGGCUAUACUCUGGGAAAACCAAAAUAAGGGAGUAUUUUAAUCCUGGGACACCUCUAGAAAACGAAAAGAUCUUGGAACAAGUGAAGUCAGGUUUUUCUCUCACCUGUUCAAAAGAUGGCAGGUAAUGGCAAACACUAACCCUAGUUCAACUUCCAAAUGGAGGUGGGGGAAAUACCUGUCAUGUCUUCAGAAAUAGAUUAAACUCUUCUUUCCUAAAGUCACUAUUUUUAAAGAAAUAAUUUUCACUUUUCCAAUCAGGUUCUAAGCUUUUGCCAGAUGUAAAUGGGCUGCUGGCUGAAAGUUGUGGGGAAAGCAACAGUUCAGAAUAACCCUACACAAACAAACAAACCUCUUUAAAAGUUCCAUGUGGGAGGUGGAUGAGGUAUAAAAGAUCAUUCUAAAGCUUCUCCCAUGUGCUGUCCCACUUUUCAAUAUGAAAUUGUAGUCCCUUGUUUUGGAUGUUCCCUUUCUUUAUCAUGGAAAUGUUGCAACUAAUAGAUUAAAGUGGCAAUAUAAUGAUAAGCUUGUUUGAGUUGGGUCAUGUUGACCCGAUUCCUGUUAAUUUUGUCUGUUUGUACCAUCUGUCACAUGUCUUCAUAGAAAUGUCAAGCUCAUGCCAGGUCUAUCCCCUGUCAUGCUGACGGUGAUCUGAUCUGUUUUUGUUUUCCUGAUGGACAUUUCCAAGCCUGGAUAGAAACCGUGUACAAGAAUGUGCUAUGGCAAGGUUAAGAGGAUUACCAGGAAAGGAUGAGACUACAGUACUAUCUCAAGCUCUGCAACUGGAUAUGGCUAAGUGAAGGAAGUCGCACCAGACUUAGCUUUUUAAUGUUCUGCAGAUCCCUUGUGCUGUUCAGGGCUUACUGAGUACAUUUAAACUAUAAGAGCAGCCAGUGCUUGUUGAGACUAUUUUUGAUGGAGGGAGUGAAUUCUGUCAUGUUGCAACAUGUCCAAGCCCACUCCAAAAGUUUUUGGGUGUAUGGAGAAUGGCUCCAGGUAUUCAGAGCCUCCAAAUAGCCUUGCUCCAGAGACUCUAGCCAAGGGAUGAGUGAGGCCUUCCCCUCCAUGUAACAGCAACAGUGUUAACUGAGCUGUUUGUGUGGAAAGUCCCUAAGACUUUCACCUCCUCUCUUCUCCCGAGAUCAACUUCCUUCCCUGCUCCCAAAUCCCAUUUCUAAAUUAACUUCACCCCUAGCACCCAUACUUACUGUAUUGGUCUUGGGACUAAGUAGUUUCCAGAUCUGUAGCACAAAGGACUAGAGAGAGGCACACAAACACUUCCCCAUCAUAUUAAAAACAGAACCUUUAUCAUGAUGCUCCCCAGCUGGGCCAAGGAGCAAGAGUCUUGGGGUUGUCCCUGAACAUAGCUGUGCCAUGUGGUAGUGCCUAGGGCUCCCCCCGUGGCCACUGCACCGUCUUGUCCCGGAUUUUUACUUUACUUGUGAAAUUUAACAAGUAUUACUAUUUCAUGGGGAAUCUUUUUUUUUUAUAAAAGGUAUUUUACAUAUGAAUUUUUUAGACUGUUUAUAAUAAUCUGGGAAACCUGAAAUGGAAAUGUUCCCCCAACAAUAGUGUUCUCCGUUGUGUGCACCUGCUGGUUUGUUACUAACAGUACUUUGUUUCUGACAAGUACUUUGCUGGUAUUUUACCAAAUCAUUAGUUUUUUUGGGGGUGGUGGUGGUAGGAUUGGGGACCACAUGAGGAAUGACUCUGCAAACAAGGAAAAAUUGCUUAAAUCAUGGACCUCCCAACCUUUGUGUCCCCUUUUAGUUACAUUUAAGAAAAGUUCCACUUGUAGAUUCUCUAGUAGGCUGACUGGUAUUCUGAACAUGCCAUGUACAAGUAUUUGUGGAUAAAGUGUUUGUUCUUGUGUCACUCUUGAGAGCAUGGGUGGAUAAUUGUAAAAUAGAAAGGAGAUUUUGAUACUGCUACUGAUAGUACCACUACAAAUCUGUACAACGAUGCAUAGUAACUUGCAUUGUUUAAAAUAAUGCAAUUGUCUGACUGUUUUAGCCAUAAUGAUUUUUCCAAGGAAAAUGGACAAAACUCAAGUUUACUCUAAAUGUCCUUCAGCUUGGUAUUAAGGGCAUGUACAAGUAAUGAUUAACCUGAAGGCUUUCAGAGUAAUUGAUUUGAGUAAUGUGGAUGUGAGAUCAGGGCACAGCUUUUCUUUUGCCCUUGGCCUUGGUCUUUGUAUAAAAGGGCAGAAUAGGGGUCAAGAACACUGUCCAGUUGUCUUGGUCUGAUCUGUAUUAAGCCUUGAGGCUUUCAUUACUGGCAUUUACUGUAGAAAUGGACAAAAGGUUGUGACCAGAUCACAGAAUGCCAGUUAGGAAGAACAUUGGACACAAUAGUAGUGUAAAACAGGCUUUGAUGUAGUCAGCCUGAAUAUAUGGAAGUGCAAUGAUUUAGCCACAAGUUCUUAUACUGCUCUCCAUGGUGGGAGCAUCAGAACUCGUAAGGAGCUAUGACGCAACAAUCUAGGACCAGUUCUUGUCAGAGAUCUUUAACUUAUUUUGAUGGUAAAACAUUUAAACUUCCCCUUAUGGAGCUUGCCCCAUCAUAUUCUCUGCAUGCAGAGACCUGUCAUUAUUGGUUCAAUAAAUUUCAAAUGUAAUGUUGUCCAAUGGCCACUGAUGGCUUUCCAUGCACUAUAGCACAGUUGAUAUACUCAAAAGAAGCUUCCUUGAUCAUUUCAGGUGCCUGGCACUUGCUAGUUGACAUUCUGAAGUGUCAAAACUAGACACAACCAUUGUGCACCUUGUAAUGGUUCUUACUUUUAAAGAUAAAUUAAAAUCAGAUGGGUAUUGCUUUCAUGAGGCAUGAAAUAGCCAUCAAGAACUAAAGAGAUGAGUUUGCACUCCUAAAAGUGUGUAAGUACUUCAGCUUCUAGAUUUUUAAUUGUAUUCUCCCUGAAACCCAAGGUAUUAAAUACCUUGUCAUUUGAGGAUAUGAAAGGUUGUGCUGGGAAAUGAGUUCUUCACUCAACUAUAAGAAAUUCAUCUGGCCCCCAAGAUUAAAAGAGAGAAGAAUAAUGUUUGUAAUAAGUUACAGGAUUGUUUCUGUCCUGAAUUUUAAACUUUUUGUUAAAUUUGUGGAAUUAUGGAGGAGUUUUAUAGAAAAACGUGAAAUAAAGUAAGAUGGAAAAGUAAAAA